GGGCACCUGCGCGGGCUCGAGGGGGUUCAGUUGCCCGCUGGCCCAAGUCUCGCGGUGCUACAGCUCGGACCCGGGAGCCGCGGGCCCGGCACCCCCACCGCACCACAAAGGCUGAACCCGGAGGAGGCCCGGGAAGGGAGGAGGCGCGGGUGCGCGCGGAGGAGCGGGGAGCGCGCGGGGCGCGGAGAGCAGCGCGGGCAGGAGCGCGGGGCGCUCUCAGAGCGCGGGAGCGCGGGGAGCACCGCCCGCACCUUCCUUUGUGUGGCGCGGCCGCGGCGGCGCUGGCCCGCCCCGGGUCCCCGUCCCCGCCCCCGCCUGGCGCGCCGGUCCCUCCCGGCAAGAUGGCAACCCCGGCCGCCGUCAAUCCUCCGGAAAUGGCUUCAGACAUCCCUGGGUCUGUGACCUUGCCUGUUGCCCCCAUGGCGGCCGCUGGACAGGUGAGGAUGACAGGAGCCAUGCCUGCCCGAGGAGGAAAGCGGCGAUCCGGAAUGGACUUCGAUGAUGAAGAUGGUGAAGGUCCCAGUAAAUUUUCGAGAGAGAACCACAGUGAGAUUGAGCGGCGCAGGCGGAACAAGAUGACUCAGUAUAUCACGGAGCUCUCCGACAUGGUUCCCACCUGCAGUGCCCUGGCUCGGAAGCCAGACAAGCUCACCAUACUGCGCAUGGCGGUUUCACACAUGAAGUCCAUGAGGGGCACCGGGAACAAAUCCACUGACGGCGCGUACAAGCCUUCCUUCCUCACUGAGCAGGAACUGAAGCAUCUCAUUCUUGAAGCUGCUGAUGGAUUUCUGUUUGUGGUGGCGGCUGAGACGGGAAGAGUAAUCUACGUGUCUGAUUCUGUCACUCCUGUUCUGAACCAGCCACAGUCAGAGUGGUUUGGGAGCACCCUCUAUGAACAGGUACACCCCGAUGACGUGGAGAAGCUGAGAGAGCAGCUGUGCACUUCAGAAAACUCCAUGACAGGCCGCAUCUUGGACCUGAAAACGGGGACGGUGAAGAAGGAGGGCCAGCAGUCGUCAAUGCGCAUGUGCAUGGGCUCGCGCCGCUCCUUCAUCUGCAGGAUGAGAUGUGGAAAUGCUCCCCUGGACCACCUGCCUUUGAACAGAAUAACCACCAUGCGGAAAAGGUUCAGGAAUGGCCUUGGCCCUGUGAAAGAAGGAGAAGCCCAGUAUGCCGUGGUCCACUGCACAGGUUACAUCAAGGCGUGGCCGCCAGCAGGAAUGACCAUCCCUGAAGAAGACGCUGAUGUAGGGCAAGGCAGUAAAUAUUGCCUUGUGGCCAUCGGGAGGCUCCAGGUGACCAGCUCUCCUGUGUGCAUGGACAUGAGUGGCAUGUCGGUGCCCACAGAGUUCCUAUCCCGGCAUAACUCCGAUGGGGUCAUCACAUUCGUGGACCCAAGAUGCAUCAGCGUGAUUGGCUACCAACCCCAGGACCUUUUGGGAAAGGAUAUUUUGGAAUUCUGCCACCCUGAGGAUCAGAGCCACCUACGGGAGAGCUUCCAGCAGGUGGUUAAACUGAAGGGCCAAGUGCUGUCGGUCAUGUAUCGGUUCCGCACCAAGAACCGGGAGUGGCUGUUGAUCCGUACCAGCAGCUUCACCUUCCAGAACCCCUAUUCCGAUGAGAUUGAGUAUGUCAUCUGCACCAACACCAAUGUCAAGCAGCUUCAGCAGCAGCAGGCAGAACUGGAGGUACACCAGCGAGACGGGCUCUCGUCGUACGACUUAUCUCAGGUCCCUGUACCCAACCUACCUGCCAGUGUUCACGAAGCGGGGAAGUCUGUGGAAAAGGCAGAUGCCAUCUUCUCCCAAGAAAGAGACCCUCGUUUCGCUGAGAUGUUUGCGGGCAUCAGUACGUCGGAGAAGAAGAUGAUGAGCUCAGCUUCGGCAUCAGGCAGCCAGCAGAUCUACUCCCAAGGAAGUCCAUUCCCUGCCGGGCACUCGGGCAAGGCCUUCAGCUCUUCCGUGGUCCAUGUGCCUGGAGUGAAUGACAUCCAGUCCUCCUCCUCUACGGGCCAGAACAUAUCCCAGAUCUCCCGGCAGCUGAACCAAAGCCAGGUGGCGUGGACAGGCAGCCGUCCACCCUUCCCAGGGCAGCCCAGCAAGACGCAGUCAUCUGCCUUCGGGAUUGGAUCGGGCCACCCCUACCCUGCUGACCCUUCUUCUUACAGUCCUCUCUCCAGUCCAGCGGCCUCCUCGCCGAGUGGAAACGCCUACCCCAGUCUGGCCAACAGGACUCCGGGGUUCGCUGAGAGUGGACAGAGUGGCGGGCAAUUCCAGGGCCGGCCCUCGGAGGUCUGGUCUCAGUGGCAGAGCCAGCACCACGGACAGCAGAGCGGUGAGCAGCACUCCCACCAGCAGCCUGGCCAGACUGAAGUGUUCCAGGUAAAUCCAGCGAGCAGCGCCUUCUCGUAGGUGACAUGCUGCCUAUGCCGGGGGACCCGACGCAGGGGACUGGCAACUAUAACAUCGAGGACUUUGCUGACCUGGGCAUGUUCCCUCCGUUCUCUGAGUAGCUUCAGGCAAAGCCAGGCUCCUACUGCCCAGACUCUGUUCUUGUCAUGGCAUAGAUGCCAAUGUCCAAAGGGACCGCCCCUACCCACCCAGCUUGCCCUGCUGCAGAGUCCCCAGACGCCACCCUGACUUCCCGUCUCCCUGGACAUGGCAUCAUCUAUCUGGCUCUAACCCACAGGCCUGGCUUUUGGGUUUGGGAUCUUUGUAUUUAUUGUACUUUAUCUGUGUGCUCGGAAGGGGGCCUCCAGGGUCCUUAAAUUCCAUUGUGAAUAAUCUCCUCAUGGACAGUUUGCACCCACCAAGUUUGCUUGGCAUCCGCAACGGCUGUAGCACCAGCAGGUCUGCCUGGUGCAGAGGCUGGGUUUCUUUCUGCUUUUUCACAGCUGCUGCCUAGGGGCUUCAGGUCGGGCUGAUAGGCAGUAACCUCCACUUCCUGUGCUGGAGCCAGGAGCACUGGGCCUUGAGACUCCUUCCACAUGCUGUCCUGGAUGGCCUGGGGCCGGGUGUGUUUUGUACAGCGAGAAUCAAAGUUGUGACUUGGUGGAUGUGCUGUGGUGUGUUGGCGUGUGUGGCCAGUGAAUGGAAGAAGCUGUCCCAAGUCAGCUGCAUUUCAAAGGGGAGCUUGACAGGGGCCUGGGAGCUGGGAUGAUGGCCAACCCUCCAGCACUGUCCCCAGGAGUCAGGGCUUGGGUGCUGUUCACUCUGUAAGUCAGUUCUUGGGUCCUCUGACCCUUUUACAGACGGUCUCCGCGUCAAGCUUUUAGCCCUUCCUCCUUGCAGCCUAUGAGAGCUCUCACUCUUCCCUUCCUAGGCCUGAGGGCCAGUGUCCUGAUUCCACAGAGGUCACUGCAUUCUCCCUGCUCUGUAGCAGAGCUGAGCUGUUUCCUGCCUAACACCUCCAGGAAGUCAACCCUGGCCCUCUGUACAGGGUUACACCUCUUAGUGUCCCUGACACCUUCUGCUCAGUAACUGAGGAAGAUGGGGCCACAUUGUGGGUAAGGAAGGGUGCUCUGAGCCCCUUGAGCCUUGGUUCUCAGCAGACGGAAGAGCCAGGAGUAUCUCAGAAGGGACACAGACAGGCCUUGGAAGCCGGGGACCCAGCUCUGGGCACAUUCUUACAGUGAUCUUACGGUGGAACUACAAGCUAACCGCUAGAAACUUCUGCCUGCUUAUCUCUGACACCAGAGUCCCUGUGUCAGUCAGGUUUGACAGAGCUUCAGACUCCACCCCAAUUUCAGGUCCCGCGGCUCCUCCCCCAUCCCAUGUGCUGUGGAUCAGCCCACUAAUGCCCAAGUGUGAGAGAAGCCACGGAGGCCUACCCAGGCCCUGGGGCCCUCUGCGGCUCUUUCAGAAACGUGGAGGCUAAGCUCUUAGACCAGCCCUGUCUUGCUGGCUCCUGGGAUGCUGAGAAUCCAUAGGUUCCAGGACCUAUGAGAGCAGAAUGAACAUGUGGAUUAAAGGCCCCAGAGACCGCCUGUGCAUUCCAACCUCAGCUUUGCCUGCCAUCCAGGGCGUACCAGGGUUUUUCAGGAUUCACCUGCAAUCUCUACUUCACUCAGCAGAAUGCCCUUGGUGAUCCCUGUCCCUGACAAACUCUGGCCCCAGAGGUCCUCAGACAGCUUGAGCCCUUCCACGGAGAAUAACAACACAGCCUGAGGUUCACCCCAGCCUCAGAAUCCCAAGUAGGUCUCCUAUGUACGCUGUCUGGUGCACCUUCUGUCCCCAGCAGCCUGGAGCUGGCCUCAGGUGGUGAGCAUAAGUUAGAAAAGAGAAAAAGGCCCAAAGCUAAGUUCAGGAGUGGAUAAUCCUUUUCAGGGAUGGCUAAAGCCAUGGCCUUUAGCUUGUAAGUUAAGAGGUGUAGGAGCUGUGGGUUUGUUUUAUUUACUGCCUCUGGAGGGAAGUUGGGGCUUUUCUUGGGUAUGUGACACAGUUUAUAUACGCUGCCACUCCCCAAUGUGAGCUCACCUGCUUUGAGAUGGCUAUGGCCUAUCAUACAAGCAAAAACAAGUCAUUUGCUAACCAACAGUAACAAGGCUAAAUUGCAAUCCUCUCUGUAAGUGACCAUGGGUUGCUAUGUCCUAACUUGCCAGACUACCCUACCCUGCCAAGCUGAUGCUCACCUGAAGUGCCACCACCGGGGAAACUGAAGCAAGAAAGGUCGUGAGCUUAGGAGUUCAAGAUCUACCUGGGUGACAUCAUGAGACCAAUCUCAAAAAUAUAUAGCUGAGUAACUUGGCCACAUUCCAUAUACUGAGGCGUCACCAGCUACCUGGCUGCUCGCUUCCUCCAUUGCCUAGAAUCUGAGACAACUUUGAAGAUGAGCACACUUUCACGUGUGACAUGCCAUGCCUUGUGCCCCAAGCUGGGUUUGUUGAGGCAACCUGCACAGCCUUGUGGAUAUUGGCUGUAGCAAAAUGGCCGUGCACAGGCCACGCGGGGCCCAGCAGUCUGCUUUGUCUAACCAUCUAUGUCCUUAAAGAGGAAAUUCACAAUCAGGCUACCGUGGACAGCAAGCACUUAUUCAUCUCUCAUUUAGCCUUUCUUCUUAUGGAUGUGAACUGUGCCGUGGGUAAAUCAUUUGUAUUUCUUGAGCGUUCUGUAUGACUAACAGGUAUUAAAGUCACUGGGUAUAUGUGUAACUAAUGUAACUGCCUUUUAAAUUUUCAUUACAAUAAAAAAUGACUUUGCUCUGAA